AUUUUAGAAAGGGGGUGCGCUUUUAAAAUUAUGGACAGUCUUGAGGCACCCCAUUUUAGAAUGGGGUGCCUCAAGACUGUCCAUAAUUUUAAAGGGUGCCUCAGGACUGUCCAUAAUUUUAAAGGGUGCCUAGGGACUGUCCAUAAUUUUAAAAGGUGCCUCGGGACUGUCCAUAAUUUUAAAGGGUGCCUCAGGACUGUCCAUAAUUUUAAAGGGUGCCUUGGGACUGUCCAUAAUUUUAAAGGGUGCCUCGGGACUGUCCAUAAUUUUAAAGGGUGCCUUGAUAAAGUCAUCAUGGAUUAUAUAGGGACUUCCAUCACGUUUGAUGUUAUACAAAAGUGGUCACAAGCAGUGUGGAUAUAAUUGU